GGAAAUGAAAGUUAGAGUUUGGGGGUGGUAUGUGAUAUGUGUGUAUUUUUUCUGCAGAAUGUUAGUACUGUGGGUCCCAUUAUCACAGCAAAAAGGUGACAGGAAAACUGGACUAGAGACUACUGGGACUUCAUUUAAGAAAGGGUUUGGGCUUAAUGUUUGUCGUGGCAAAGCCGACAAGGUUAAUUUAAGAGAACAUGUAUGAUGGCACAAGGUGACCUGAAGCAGAGAUUUGAAGGCUUUGAUUCUAUAUCCCUGUUCCAUUUGGAUUGGUAAGAAUUACUGGGUGUCAUUCUGGAAUUUUUGGUUUCCUACAAGUUUCUUUUUAAGGCUACUUCCACAGGACAUUACUUUGAAACUGUUUGAGCUCUACAGCUCAGAGACAACUUGAAGCAAACAUCCCAACUCUGUGAACUUCAGUUUGGGCAUAAAUUCCAGAUUUGCCAUAUGUGUCACUGUCUCAGCAAAUGGCACCACCUAGUCCAAGCAGCAGUACCCCUAACAGCAACAGUGGGAGCAAUGGAAAUGACCAGCUGAGCAAAACCAACCUCUAUAUCCGGGGAUUGCAACCAGGCACUACUGACCAAGACCUUGUCAAAUUGUGCCAGUCAUAUGGCAAGAUUGUCUCCACUAAGGCCAUACUGGACAAGAGUACAAACAAAUGCAAAGGCUAUGGCUUUGUGGACUUUGACAGUCCUUCGGCAGCACAGAAAGCUGUCACAGCACUGAAAGCCAGUGGUGUGCAGGCACAGAUGGCAAAGCAACAGGAGCAGGACCCCACAAAUUUAUACAUAUCAAACCUUCCAUUAUCAAUGGAUGAACAAGAACUGGAGGGGAUGCUGAAGCCCUUUGGCCAGGUUAUCUCUACUCGAAUCCUUCGAGAUACCAGUGGGACCAGCAGAGGGGUUGGCUUUGCAAGGAUGGAGUCCACAGAGAAGUGUGAAGCCAUCAUCACCCACUUUAAUGGAAAAUAUAUUAAGACACCUGCUGGAGUACCAGCCCCUUCUGAUCCCUUGCUUUGCAAAUUUGCUGAUGGUGGUCCAAAGAAACGACAGAACCAAGGAAAAUAUGUGCAAAAUGGACGGGCCUGGCCAAGGAAUGGAGAUGUGGGUGGUAUGGCUUUGACCUAUGAUCCCACCACAGCUCUUCAGAAUGGGUUUUACCCAGCUCCUUAUAACAUCACCCCCAGCAGGAUGCUUGCUCAGUCUGCACUCUCCCCAUAUCUUCCAUCUCCUGUGUCUUCAUAUCAGAGAGUAACUCAGACAUCUCCUGUACAAGUACCUAACCCAUCUUGGAUGCACCACCAGUCAUACCUCAUGCAGCCUUCAGGUUCAGUUCUGACACCAGGGAUGGAUCACCCCAUUUCUCUCCAGCCUGCCUCCAUGAUGGGACCUAUUACCCAGCAGUUGGGCCACCUCUCCCUCAGCAGUACAGGCACGUACAUGCCAACGGCUGCUGCUAUGCAAGGAGCGUACAUCUCCCAGUACACGCCUGUGCCGCCGUCUAGUGUCUCAGCUGAGGAGAGUGGCGGCCAGCAAAAUCAGGUGACGGUGGAUGCUCCCUCAGAUCAUGGGGUCUACUCUUUCCAGUUCAACAAGUAACAGCGUGGUCUGGAACCGAACUGCAAUCUCUCUAAGGCAUGCCUGUGCAAACGAAUUCUCAGCAAUGCUGAUGCUCCCAGACUCCAGAGGGCCAACCAGGAAUACAGACCAUCUGUGGGGUCCUGCUAACGACUAACACGCGGUCAUCGUUUUUCACUGGUGGGGCCCUGGAAAGAGAAAUCUACGCACUCCCUGCCCUCUGCUUAUUCCUCCAUUCCUGAUGGAGCCUGGGGGAGCCGUCACUUUUUGUGUGUGCUUCAGCCAAGGAGAUCAAAAGAACUGUUUUUCUUUUUUUUGCAAAGAAAGUUUUCUAUUUUGUUUUCAACUGCAGUAUACUCUUUCCAUAUCCCAAAGAGACAGUGCCUGGAGCUUCUUCUCAUCUUUACGCAAAACAGUGUUUGAUGUGUUGGGCUUCUCUGGGGAGGCUUUAAAAAUUUUUGUCAUUUCUUUUUUUAAAAAAAGAAAAAAAAAAGGUGUGAAAGAAAGAAAGAUGCAGAAGUCCUACUGUGGACCCUCACACAGAUUUUAGUUAUGGGCUUAUUUUGGUGUGUGUAGAAGAAUAUGCAGACUUCAGAAGUUUCAUUUUAUAAAGUCUUAGUUCAUACAUCCCGUCUCUUCUUCACACAUUUUAUGCCUUCUUUCUCUCAUCCAGACUGUUCUUUUUCUCUUUUCAUACAGCAGAGCCUUCCCACUUUGCCUUUUUACAGUUUUUAAUUUUGUGAAUUUCUUUUUUGAAUGAAAUUUUGUGUGGACUUUUUAGAGGCCUGGGCAAGGGACAAGGUAGAACACUAAGCAGGCAGUGGAAGCAGCUUGUCCUCCCUCUGCCUUGCUGCAUCCUCACAACCUUGGAAGAAAGACCAGACUUUGCCUUCAGGAAAGAGAGAUGUGAUGCAGGCUUGUUACAGAGACAGUCCCACAGUCUUUGGAAGCCAUCCUUGAGCCAAAUUUGGACGAAGACUAGGUCUUUCCUGGAAAGCUCCAAAAGGGUGGACUUCCUGACCUCUGACUGAUUCUUCAGAUCACUGAGAUCAACACCGUGUGAGGAAGUGUCUCUUCUCCAGCGACAGGUUUACAGGAAUACCAGCUUUCCUGUUUUCCUGAAGGAUCUUCUUUUUUGCCCGGGGUCUCUGUCCUGUCUUCCUAUCACACAUUGCUGUACUCAGAUGAGCCUUUGCAACUGUGACCUUGUUGAAUCGACUUGGGCUUUUUCCCCACUGUGGAAGAUCAUCUUCUUCAUCUAGACCAGUAGUUCUGGUCUAGAUGAAAAAACCAAGAAGGUGGUUUUGUCCCCUAGAGGCCACUUGGAAAUCUCUGGAAAUCUCUUGCCUGGGGCUGGGGGCUGUGUGCUCUUGGCAUCCAGUGGCCAGAGACCAAGGGUGCUGCUAAAAUAUCUUACAGUGCACAGGACGGCCCCAGCUCCCCCAGCAAAGAAUUAUUUGGCUCCAAAUGUUGGUAGUGCCAAGGUUGAGAAACCUCAUUGUGGACAGUGUUGUUACUGCCUCCUGUAACAGAGGACUUGGUAAGUUCCCACCCUAACCCUGGCUACACAGUGUCCUUUGACACUCAGUGUAACUAGUUGAGAGGGACGGAACUAGGGUCCUUGAAUUUUCCCCAGGCUUUGACCUCGGACACCUCUGCAUGCAGUGAGAGCUGCCCUCGAGAGGCACGUGCACACACACGUUCAGCGGGAUCCAGGUAUGGGGACCGCUCUGUGUUGUGCGCUGUGCAGGGUGAGAAGGACAAAGCUCUCUGUAACUGUCCGGGGCAACCUGCUCUACCCUCAUGUGUGUUUGGAUCCCUUUUCCAGGGAACCGGAAUAUCAACAAUAAAUUUCCUUCUUGUGGAAGGACUACAGGGAGCUAGGACAGAAAAGGGCAAUAAAUCCCAUCUCAUUACUUACAAGGUUGGAAUCCUUUAAAAUCUAUAUUUUGCUCUUUAACUCCAUCUCCUUUGCGAGCCCGGACUCUGUGACAUGGAGACAGAGAGGAGAAGGCCUUCGCGCAUCCCCUCGAAGUAAGAUCCUGUGACUGUCCUCUCCCAGCCACUACCUUGCGCACCGUGAGUUGUGCUCCCCUUCACUGCAAGGUCAGGUGCUUUUCACCAGUCCAUGAGACAGAAAGCCAAGCCGAAUGAUAGAGAAUGGAGAGAUGGAUGGGUGUUUGAUAGGCUGGCUGUUGGGAGAGGAAAGGGAUGAUGCGGAGGGAAAAGAAGCUGUGGUGUCAGUUCUUGUACAAAGAGUUUGGACCCAGCUUCCCCACCCGACCCCUCCCCCUGUCCCAGAAGUGAGUCUUUGUGCUCUCUGCCCCUCGACUGCCCUUUUGUACAGCCCUGCAGGCAGGGGAGGUGGAUGGCUUGGGUCAUGUAUAAAAUGUAAAGGACAUAAUUGCCACUAUUAAUUUUCUCAUAAGUAAGUCCCACCUCAGGAAGGGCUUAUCCCUUGUAAAACAGCCCCAAACCCAGUAACUUUCUAGAAGGGUUUGGCCGACUGGGCAAGUAGCUCUUGUUUCUGAGUCUCCAAGUAUGCCAUAGAUUUCUUAUAAGUGGACUUGAAGAGGAAAAAAGAAAUCCACAAUCCUGUUCAUUUAAUUGAUAAUUUGGAGGCACCUUGCUAUACCCAGGAGCUUUAGUGCAGCAGGGGCGUUUCAGGUAUGGAAACUGUUGUUCAUGCAACUGUUGCCUCUCCUCCGCCCUCCCAGACAUUUUUUUUUUUUAACUUAAAAAAAUUUUUUUCCCCAGAACUCUUGAUAGUAUUUUCUGUGUUGUUGUUGUUUUUUAAUGUUUAAAGGGCCAGGGUUGUGCUUGUUUUAAAUAAUGAAGUUACCUUUUGUGUAUUCGAUUCAUGUGAAUCUACAUAAUGGGUUCUGUUGAGUGUUUCUGGUUUGGGCAGGUUGGAGCAUGGGAAGUGGUGGGAGCCUGAAGUUAUUUUUGUAGUAGUUAAUGGCACUGUGGAAUUUUAGUGUUUGGGUUAUGCUCCUGUUUUCCCCCUAGUUGUUAGUUCAUUUCUAACAGUCGCUAACAUGGGUGAGUGAUCGGAGAAAGGGGAGAAUGAGGGAUGCUUUUUCUCUCAUGAAAUAGACUGUUAGUGGCAGCAGUGGCAGGGGACUUGUAGGAGGGCCUUCAAGCUCACAGCCUCCGGCCGGGCUAAAGUCUUUAAACACUGUGCCUAGUAUUUUCCGAAUUGUCUUCACAAGAGCCAAGAUCAUACUGUCUGCAUGUCACAUCUCACCCCCACUCAUUACAGAUGCUUGUAACAUUCUGAAAAUAUUUUGUGCUUUUCUGUUUUUGGUCAAAUAGAAUACAUCAGAGUCCCUUCUUCUGAUGAUAUAAUCCUUUUACUAGGCUCAGAGCCUGCCUGUCCUAUCUCACAUCAGUGUUCCUACUGUUCCUUUCACCCUCUGGGGUGAUAUUCAAACCCUAGGCUGAUUAGACUUUUUGGAGGAGGGUGUGGGUAGAGGGUACAGAAGAUGUGGGAAUGAUGAGAGGGAGAGAUAUUAUUUUUUAAGACUGUUUUAAACCAAAGAGUUUGGAGAGCUGCCCAGACUAGGAAGCCUGGUGGCUCUGAAGAGGCAACAGCCAUUGUCAGUAAUAGAUAGGCAGGGGUGGAGGACAUUGCGUUCGUCGAGGGUGAAGACUAGACGUGCUGCUCUACCAACCAUUCCUGGGUUGGGCCACCUCAGCCUAGCUCCAUUCCUCUUCCUUUCUUAACCUGGUCGGUGAGUUCAUUCACCCCCUUGAUGCCUGCAGUGCUCAUUCCUUGCUGCUUCAGUGUCCUCCUAAGUAUGGGUUGCCACUUUGCACCACAUAGGUGCUUGAGAGGCCCAGCUGGGAUGGGAUGUUGCGGGGAUCGUGGAUGAUUUAGUCUUUUUUUUUGGAGGGGUGGGAGGUGGGGGGUGGAAUUUCCUCCCUGCUCUGUUGUGCACAUGCUCCACCUUCUGGGAGAGCAGGAGAACUGCACUCAUGAAGGGCGACGGAGUUUCUUAACCAGUAGUUAAGAAACUUGGGUCAAUGAUCAGGUCUCAACUUGUCCCCAGGCCCUGUUAAACUAGCUUCAGAGAAAAAGGUGGGGGUUGUGAAGCUCGUGUGUAAGGGCUAGGUGUUCAACUUGUGCCUGGCCACACCGAUUCCUCUUUAAACCAAUUACUCCGUUUUGGUGCUUAGCUACAUUUUAGGUCCUUCCAGGCAUUAGCAGAGCCCUAUUUACUCAACUUUUGUUAACCACUUUCUUUUGUAAGGAGGGUCUUCCUUCAGCCACUAAGGCCAGCUUGUGAGUUGUGUCACCCUUCUGAUCUUUGCUGACCUUGCCAGGGGUGCUCCCCACAGGGCUGCAGUCAUGACAGGUGCCCUCUUGCCCAUUACCAUUGCUCUUUCUCCCUGCCACAUCCACUCCAUGUACCAGAACUUCCUUGUCCUUGUUACACAUCUACCUCACAAUUUCACAGUUAAACAAGGGCAUAGGCACCUGGUUUACCUCUGUACUCUGUCCUUACCUUCAUGAGCUGGAGGCUAGAAAGGGUUCAUGAUCCAAUGCAAUAAUUUCUAUUUCUGAAAUGUCUCCUUUGGGAUUUUUAGCUCAUUAAUCACCCUGGAAUAGUGUGCACUCUUCAGUUAGAUCUCAUUGUGAUAGGCUCGGGGAGCGGGGACAGGCCAUGUAAUGACUGCCUAGGAUGUUAAUUAAUGCUUGGGAGCCACUGCCAGAACCACCACCAUUGGUGCACAUCUCAGAACUUGAGGAUUGAGGGAGUUGACCAGUGUGGCUGCUGUAUAGCCAAGAAGGGUUAACAAGUAUCAAAAAGGGAAUUUGAUUUUUAUGGUGCUGGAAGCUGGUGUUCCUGUACCUUGUAUCUUUAGAGGGUUCACCAAAAGAAAACUUCCAGACUGGAGGGUGGGAAGAUUUCCCAGCCUGAGUAAAGGUCCUCACUCCAUUAUGGUGUCCCUAUCCCAUUUUUUUGUGAGUGGUGCUUUCUAGCAUGCCCUCGUCAUCUUGGACAGAAGUUUAAUUUAUACUCAAAUACAUUUUGUACAUUUUUUCCUUUAUCUGGAAGCUUCUAGUUGUAUACUCUUUUCGUGUCUAUGCCAGUGCCUCCUACCUUUUAGCUUAUUCUUCCUUUUUGACCCUUGGUAUUUUCAUGUUCCUUCCCUACAAUUUGGUAGAGCUUCAUUUUGUCUUUCAACUUUUGUUUUGAAAUAAAACACAAAAGUCUA